UGACAUGAUUCGUCUACCAUACACUGCACUCCGAGUCUGGCUAUUUCCCACUAGUAGAGGCGAAUGAGUCGCCGACUUUCCCGGAGUCAGGCGAGGCUAGCACUACCUUCCAGUUGGCCACGCUAUCCCCGCGAUUCAUGCAAACAAUGACUCGGAAUGCGGAGUUUCGGGCUCCAGAACCCCAGACCUCGGUACAGACAUAGAUACCAGGUAGACACACAGAGCCGGGCCGGGGUACUCCACGCAUCGCGCGGAAUAUGAAAUCAAAGACAGCAUUCAGCAAGCCCUUCCUCUCCGUCCCAGUAGAGGAGGGCAUCACCCAAAUACCUGAGGUAGGUGAUCAAGAUGUCCCUCACCACCGUCGCGGCAGCCGUCGCAGGCGGGCUAGCCACAGCGGCGUAUCUAGACGCGAAAUUCCUGAUCAGCAAUGACCUUCGCAGCGGCAGCUUGGGGGCGACCAAGCAAGCCGCCGAUUUCAUCGCAAAGCGAGCAGCCCAAGACAAACUGCUGAUCUACCACUUGAUCGAGGAGCACGCGCAGGGCAAGAACGCCAACAACCUAUUCCUCAUCUUUGAAGACCGGACAUGGACGUACAAACAGUUCUACGAGGAUCUGCAAAGAGUGGGCAACUGGCUGCUCAAAGACCUGGGGAUUCAGCCACGAGAAAUAGUCGCCGUGGACGGCGGGAACAGCCCAGAAUACCUGAUGCUGUGGUUCGGGCUUGAAUCCAUUAACGCCUGCCCGGCCUUCAUCAACUACAACCUCACGGCGGGGCCGUUGACUCAUUCGGUGAAACUGUGCGAUGCGCGGUACUUGCUGGCGGAUCGUGCUGUGCAGAAUCUGGUUGACCCAUGUAUCCCGGAACUUUCGGCGUCCAAUGUGCAGACGAUAUACUAUGACGAGAACUUUAUGGCCGCGCUGUCCGACAGCACACCGCUGCCCAAGUCACGACAGCAGAAGCUCCGGCCGGACGAACUAUGCAGCUUGAUCUACACGUCGGGCACGACGGGGAUGCCCAAGGGGGUGAUUAUGCUCCGGGGACGCGAACUCAACACGGCUCGGGGCAUCAGCCUGUACUUACAGCUGAGGCCGGGCAACAGAAUGUACACGGCCCUGCCUCUAUACCACGGGGCAGGACAUGGACUAUGUGUGACGCCGUCGAUCUUUGCCGGGUCGACGGUGGUAUUGAGCCGCAAGUUCAGCCACAAGACCUUCUGGCCCGAGGUGCGCAAAUCGCGCGCCGAUAUCAUACAGUACGUGGGCGAACUCUGUCGGUACCUGAUCAACGCGCCGCCGAGUCCACUGGACAAGCAGCACAAUGUGAAGAUGGCAUGGGGCAACGGAAUGCGGCCGGACGUGUGGGAAGAGUUCCGACAACGGUUCGGCAUUGAAAUCAUCAACGAGCUGUACGCGGCGACGGACGGGCUAGGGGCGUCAUUCAACGCCAACCGCGGCGAGUUUGGACGCAACGCCAUCGCCGUGCGCGGCUUGCUCUGGCACUGGCGGAACGGGGCCAACGAGAAACGCGUGCGCAUCGACCCAGACACACAGGAGAUAUUGCGCGACGACAGAGGGUUCGCCAUCGAAUGCAAGACCGACGAGGCCGGCGAGGUGCUGCACAAGCUGGACCCUGCGACCGCCGACGCCGUGUUUGCCGGAUACUACAAGAACCCCGGGGCCGGGGACAAGCGCAAGAUCUGCGACGUCUUUGCCAAAGGGGACCUGUGGUUCCGGUCCGGCGACAUGAUGCGCAAGGACAAAGACGGCCGAGUCUACUUCGUCGACCGGCUGGGCGACACCUUCCGCUGGCGCAGCGAGAACGUCUCCACCAACGAAGUCAGCGACGUGCUCGGCCGCUUCGACCAGAUCGCAGAAGCAAACGUCUACGGCGUCCAGGUGCCCCAUGCAGACGGCCGCGCCGGAUGCGCCGCCAUCGUCCCCGUCGAGGGCGUCACUGCCGACACACUCGACCUGGCCCGUCUUGCCCAGCACGCAAUCUCCAUUCUCCCCCGGUACGCCGUCCCGAUCUUUCUGCGUGUCGUCGCUCAGCUCGAGUACACUGGCACCAUGAAGCUGCAGAAAGGCCGUCUGCGAAACGAGGGUAUCGAUCUCGAUAAGAUUCGUCAAUCCAGUCCCGAUGACCGUAUCUUUUGGCUCCCGCCAGGUGCGAACACUUAUGUUCCUUAUGGGCCGAAAGAGUGGGAGGAUUUGAAGGCCGGGCGUGUCAAGCUGUGAAUGACUACAACUAAGUCGAUUCACGUCUACAGUAGACUCUAGACAAGACUACGAAAUAACACUUACUUCCUGUACCCUGAUUUAGGUUUUCCAACUUGACUUGGCCUGAGUUGACGUGACAUGACACUCUCUCCGCGUGGCUAAUUUGAACAUGGACAGGCAGGCAGACAGGCAGCUCCAGGAAGUAUGAAGAAAGAUAUCAAGACCCAACAUUACCAAGGACUCGAAGGUGUGCAAGAUCUCGAGGUUCUCCAGAUACCUACGAACUAGCUAUAUAUGAAUACAUACAAGUACAAAUUGAUGUUAUAUCAAGAGGCCAGGUUCAAGCUUGGCUAGCGGAUCAAAAAUCUUGAUGAGAUAUAUGUACGGUGGACCGUGACGAUUAUAUUUGCACCCAAUUUCAAAUCCAGUCACCAUAUAAGAGCCACGGUGGAUGGAUAGGCAUGUACUAGGAUAAGAGAUCGGCAACGAUGUUUG